UCUCAAUGGUGGAAAUGUUGUUUUCAGGGAGGGUCGACUUUGAGCUGACAUUGAGAAUGAGGAUCUAUGCUUCAUGUAACAUCUCCGGACGCUCGUGGUAGACGGAGCUGCUCCUCUGUCUCUGACUCUUUCCCCCUGUCCUUCAGCACCACAGCAUUGGACAGCACCAGGCAACUAGACCCUCAUUCACCUUUCCCCUCAGGAUAGCUGUUUGAAUCACUUGACUUUAUGGAGACAUUUUGCACUGGUCUGGACAAGUGAAAUUACAAGUGUUCGUCUGGGAGAGGAACCAACGGACACACCGCCUAAACCGUUCUGGCAGAAAAAAAAAAAAAAAAAAAAAAGAAAGAAAAAAAAAAGAAACUGUUCCAGUGUGAGUGGAUCACGGCAUUUGAUUGAUAUAAAAUCCAGCGACGGGAUUUACUGGUAUUUCAAUGGUAGGUGUCAAGCUUCAUUGGCGUUUUUUACUCUAGUCUUUGGUUAAUCGAACCGCGAAGCUGCUGUCUACGUGGACCGGUGCUGAACUCUCCCGUCCAACUGCCAGGCCCAAACCCAGAGACAUGGCCACGAACGGCACGAAAGCCUCUGAUGGACACGUUUUAACAGAGGUGAACGAAGCGCCCACCGCCAAUGACAAACCAAAAACUUUGGUGGUGAAAGUUCAGAAGAAAAAGGAACUUCCUGACAGAGAAACGUGGCAGGGAAAAUUUGACUUUCUUUUGUCUUGUGUUGGCUAUGCGAUUGGACUUGGAAAUGUCUGGAGAUUUCCUUAUCUAUGCGGAAAAAACGGAGGAGGGGCCUUCUUGAUUCCUUACUUUUUGACCCUCAUAUUUGCUGGAGUCCCGUUGUUUCUUCUGGAAACUGCCCUCGGUCAAUAUACAUCCAUUGGUGGUCUUGGAGUGUGGAAACUGGCCCCUAUGUUCAAAGGUGUCGGCCUGGCAGCAGCAGUCCUGUCUUUCUGGCUAAACAUUUACUACAUCGUCAUAAUUGCCUGGGCCAUUUACUAUCUCUAUAACUCAUUCACCACAGAUCUCCCAUGGAAAUCUUGUGACAACCCUUGGAAUACAGAAAAAUGUUUCUCAAACUACAGCAUGGCAAACACCGCCAACAUGACAAGUGCUGUUGUGGAGUUUUGGGAACGUAACAUGCAUCAACUGACUGAUGGUUUGGAAAAGCCGGGAGAGAUAAGACUGCCACUAGCAAUAACACUGGCCAUUGCCUGGGUUCUGGUCUAUUUUUGUAUCUGGAAGGGUGUAGGUUGGACUGGAAAGGUAGUAUAUUUCUCUGCCACAUACCCAUACUUCAUGCUAUUUAUUCUUUUCAUCCGUGGAGUGACACUGCCUGGAGCGAAAGAGGGCAUUUUGUUCUAUAUCACGCCUGAGUUCAGCAAGCUGAAAGAAUCAGAGGUGUGGCUUGAUGCAGCCACUCAGAUCUUCUUCUCUUAUGGUCUGGGCCUGGGCUCUCUCAUUGCCCUUGGGAGCUACAACCCUCACAACAAUAACAUAUACAAAGAUUCUAUCAUCGUCUGCUGCAUCAAUUCCUUCACUAGUAUGUUUGCUGGAUUUGUCAUUUUCUCUAUCGUGGGCUUCAUGGCCCACAUCACACAACGGUCCAUAGCAGACGUGGCUGCAUCAGGGCCAGGGCUGGCGUUCUUGGCCUACCCAGAGGCAGUCACCCAGCUGCCAAUCUCACCACUCUGGGCAAUUCUGUUUUUCUCAAUGUUGCUUAUGCUUGGCAUUGACAGUCAGUUCUGUACAGUGGAGGGCUUCAUCACUGCUCUUGUGGAUGAGUUCCCUCACUUGCUGCGAGGAAGACGAGAGAUCUUUAUCGCUGUUGUCUGCCUUGUGUCUUAUUUGAUCGGCCUGUCAAACAUCACGCAGGGUGGCCUCUAUGUGUUCAAACUGUUUGACUACUACUCUGCUAGUGGAAUGUGUCUGCUGUUCUUGGUAUUCUUUGAAUGCAUCUCAAUAUCCUGGUUCUAUGGUGUCAAUAAAUUCUAUGGCAACAUUGAGGAGAUGAUUGGAUAUAAGCCGUGCAUUUGGUGGAAGCUGUGCUGGGUUGUAUUCACCCCUUUGAUUGUGGCGGGUGUGUUCCUCUUCAGUGCAGUUCAGAUGGUGCCACUAACAAUGAAUAGUUAUGUAUUCCCAAAAUGGGGACAAGGUGUAGGAUGGUGCAUGGCCCUGUCCUCCAUGAUUCUUAUACCAGGAUACAUGGGCUACAUGUUCCUCACUCUGAAGGGCUCAUACAAAGAGCGCCUUCGGAUAAUGAUUCAGCCCACAACGGUGGUUCGAAGUCAGGAGAACGGGCCCGAACAGCAACCUGAAAACCCCACCCCGGCCAAUGACGAGGCCUACAUCUGAAGUCCCCUUCGCCUACCCUGUAUUAUCAAAGGUCAACUUUUAGAGAGUUAAUUAAAAAGUUAUCAUGGUUGAACACAACCAAGGACUUCCAUGUCUGAAAUAUAAUCACCUACCUCUAAGGGAAAACCAACCUGAUAACAUAUUAUCUUUAUUUUUGUUUGGAACCAUAUACAGUAUAUGAUCCAAAAAAAAAAAAAAAUAUAUAUAUAUAUAUAUAUAUAUAUAUAUAUAUAUAUAUAUAUAUAUAUAUAUAUAUAUAUAUAUAUCCAGCAAUGUUCUAGGCUUUAUCUGUAUUUCAUAUGCAAGAUAUCAGUCUUUCAAAAAAAAAAAAAAAAAAGGCCACAGAGUAACCACAGGAUUACUUGUCAAUUAAAUGAUAAUUCAAAAUUUGGCAUUCCAAUGAAAUUCCAACACCACUGUGUUAAUUUGAUAUUACAUGUAAUUAAUGUAUUACAAUAUAAAAGUACAACUGUAGAUUAGAAUCAAAUUGUAUUUGAUUGUAUCUAUCUAUCUAUCUAUCUAUCUAUCUAUCUAUAUAUAUAUAUAUAUAUAUAUAUAUAUAUAUAUAUAUAUAUAUAUAUAUAUAUAUAUAUAUAUAUAUAUAUAUAUAUGUAUGUAUGUAUACCGAUCAGCCACAACAUUAAAAUCACCUGCCUAAUAUUGUGUAGGUCCCCCUCGUGCAGCCAAAACAUACUGCCAACAAAAGCAUUCUGAGAUGCUAUUCUUCUCACCACAAUGUACAGAGCGAUUAUCUGACUCACCAUAAAUUUUGACAGUUCGAACCAGUCUGGUCAUUCUCUGUUGACCUCUCUCAUCAACAAGGCAUUUCCGUCCACAGAACUGCCACUCACUGGAUGUUUUUGCAUCCGUGUAUUUCGUCUGGCACCAACAUUCAUCCAUGCGAUUAUCUAAUCAGCCAAUUGUGUGGCAGCAGUGCAGUGCAUAAAAUCAUUCAGAUACGAGUCAGGAGCUUCAGUUAAUUUUCACAUCAACCAUCAGAAUGGGGAAAACAUGUGAUCUCAGUGAUUUACACCGUGGCAUGAUAGUUGGUGCCAGAUGGGCUGGUUUGAGUAUUUCUGUAACUGCUGAUCUCCUGGGAUUUUCAUGCAACAACAGUCUCAGCCAAAUGGUGAAAACAACAGAAUUUACACCAAAUGGUGCCAAAAACAAAAAACAUCCAGUGAGCUUUGUUGAUGAGAGAGGUCAGCCGAGAAUGGCCAGGCUGGUUCGAACUCACAAAGUCUACGGUAACUCAGAUAACCACUCUGUACAAUUGUGGUGAGAAGAAUAGAAUGCUAUUCUGAGAUGCAAGUUGGCGCUGUUUUGGAAGCACAAGGGGGACCUACACAAUAUUAGGCAGGUGGUAUAUAUAUAUAUAUAUAUAUAUAUAUAUAUAUAUAUAUAUAUAUAUAUAUAUAUAUAUAUAUACAGUAUAUACAGGGAGCGAGAAUAUGGGAAUGUGCAACAGGGCGAGAUUGGAUCUUGUGAUCAUUAUCAAGGUUACUAAGCCAGACUACAAUGACUUUUCAAGACUUUACUGUUUCAGACACCCCUUCUCCACUUUAGUCCUUGGGAAAACCCUGAAAAGCACAAGACCAGUAUGGAUUUGGGUUUACAGAUGCCCUAAGCAAUGAUGAAUUACCAGCCAUAGGGGCAAAUUGACGUCACAAAAGACUGUUACAAUUUUCUCCUUUAUUUUCUAAGACAAAAAAUAACUUUGUAUGUGUUUUUUUUAAGGAUCAUUUUAGACAUGUUUUCUAUGUGAGAGUAAGAAGGACCAAAUUCAUAUUUAUGCUCUAUGACCGAUCUGAGAAACUGUUUUGCAUCGCAUCACUGCAAAGCACAGGGUAUGAAAUGUAAUUUUUAGGGCACAGGUACCCCAUGAAACCACUGUUAAUCGUUCUCACCACAUUUGCAUGCCACUCCUCAGGAAAAAUGGCAAAAGUGACCAAAAUUAGCUCUCCUGGAUCAAAAAAGAUUAUAGCUGUGAACAGUCUUCAGCAAAUAAUCAGUUCUGAGCAAAAGCUAUAGCCUGUUGCCAUGGUUUCUAGGGUCAUUUUGUCAGACAUCAUUGACAAACCAGCACUCUGUGUCAAAAAUUGCCUGAGCCAGUGUUUCGAAUGAAAAGAUGUCAAGGAAAAUUAUAUUUUCUUUUUAAAUACACAGACUAGUUGGGCAAUACAUAAUUUAAAUUAAAUAAUAUAUGACAGAGAGAGAGGCGACAUUCCACUUUUUUAUUUUGGAAUUCCACUGGUGAAAAGCACAAAGCUUUAACUUCACAAGCCACAAAAAGUAUCUGAAAAAGAACACUGUUAGUUUGCUUCUAUUGCAGCUACAUGUGAGAGGGAUCUGGAUGAAUUAGUAAAUUUAUUGUCUGCAAGAGGUCUGAUGAAAAUGUGCAAUCAAUAAGCGUUUUAGUUAAAAUGUAUAAAUUUAACAUCAGAUUUGUCUCUGAAACAAUGUUGUAAAACUGUACCGUGUAAAAGUACCUGUGAAUGUCCGUUCUGAGAUUUUUGUCUUGUUCAAGAACCAUAUAUUAUUUGCUUUUUACUGCAAUAAUGCAUUGAUCUCAGAAACUAAAGCACAUAUCUUUCUGAAAUGUAAAAAAGAGUAGUAAAAUAACAAAUGAAUAACAAUAAUGGAAGAUUAUAAGAGCAUAGAUAAUAUGUCUAGUCAAACAAAAUAUUGUUUUGUAUAUUUCUAACUGUUUGGGCCUAAUGUAAAAUAUUCUGUGUAAAAAAAAUAUAAUAAAUGUAUUGAGAUGAUGUUAUAUAAAAGCAUGACUGCCGUAUGUUAUCAGAUAAAAAUAAAGUAUUAUAGAUUAUAAUGUGUUUUAAUA